GACACUAUUAAAACAUCUGGUUUAAUGUGAUUUUAGGUACAGGUCCAGGCCUUCUGGAAGCAGUUCCUCGUCGCGCUCCAGUUCACGCUCGUCUUCUCGUUCUCCUCCUCGCAAGCGUGGACGCCGCUGCUCCAGAUCGUUACGCCGCUCUCGUUCGGGUUCGCGCUCGCCUGAGCCGGACUGGAGAUGGACGAGUCGCAGAGAGAAGGAGCUAAACCGCCGACACGAAGAGGCUCGUAAACUCCGCCAGCAGAAAGCCAUCGAGGAGCGGAGGGUGGUGUAUGUGGGAGGAAUCCGUGGAAGCAUGUCGCCGUCGGAUCUCAAAGAUCGAUUCUCGCUGUUCGGGAAGGUGGAGGAUUGCACAGUCCAUCUCAGGAGUCACGGAGACAACUACGGCUUCGUCACGUAUCACAGCACAGACGACGCUUACGCAGCUAUUGAGAGCGGCGGUAAACUGAGGCGCCCAGACGAGCUUCCCUUCGACAUCUGCUUUGGCGGCAGACGACAGUUUUGCAAAUCCAACUAUGCAGAUUUAGAUUCCAGCCGGGAUGCCGCUCCAGCAUCCAGGAGCCGAUGCGAGUCGUUCGACUUCGACGCGUUGCUAAAACAGGCUCGGAGAGGACUGAAGAGUUAGCAGCACAGAAGAACCAGCUUAAACGACCAGUUCAGUUCAGUCUACAAUCUAAGCUGGUUCACACUGGUUUAAAGCAAUAUUCUGGGUUAAAUACAAGUUAAGCUCUAUUAACAGCAUCUAUAAUAACUAAUAUAAAUGAGAAUCACAGCCGUACAGAUGGUGUCCAAAGAGCUGCGCUUGAGCUUGAGCUGGAAAAGUUGUUAUUUUUCAACUUCACUAAACUGACUUUGCUUUCGGUUAGAACUUCUGUUGAAGUGCUUGUGCUCAUUACAUUUUGUACAUAAGAAUGGAGCGGCAUUAAAGGAUGAAAUUGUCAUUAUGAAAGGAAAUUCAACUCAAUUGAAUGGUUAGUGGUUUGUCUUCUAGUGUAUAUAUAU